UGCACACACACACGCACGCACGCCCAUAUACGCACACACAUCUAAAUCUAUAAUUACAUCCAUAUGGACAGCACGGGGACAUUAUUAUACAUCACAUCACACCGCGUUACGUGGGGUCCUUUCCAGCGAUGCACUUGCUCGCGUUCUCCGUUUCUGACCCAUAGGAUCGUACAUUUUGACUUGCACGCGCUGAUUUGAGUCUGUCAUCACUGCGGACACAUUGCAAUAUGCAGUGAAGCACUGACGCGAACGCUAUGGGUCCAGGUAGCCUACAUCCUAUCCGAAUAUUGCCAUCAUUGGAGAUUUUUCAGCACCAUCCCGAUAUGCGAGGUAUGUGGGAUGUAGAUAAAAGAAGAGCAUGAUGUGGCUUUCCCUCGAGGAUGUUUGCUGAUGGACAGACCUCUGAUUUUAAGACUGACAGUCUUCUGGUAAUAAAAAGAAGAACUUGGAACAUACAAUCAUUUUACCUUCUGAAUAUCAGCAAAUCUGUCAGGCCAGAGUAUGCCAUCGGCACCAACUUACAGAAUCCUACGACCCCUCCUGCUUGGUAUCUUUUUAUUAGGAUGCUUUGUGACUUUGUUUUUAAUGUACAUCAAACCAUCUACGAGCUGGUUGUCAGGCCCGGUCGAGUCAGAAACGUCCACAGCCCGAGUGAAGAGCCUCCUUUCCACCAGAAGUGUACAGAACCAGACCACCAUCCUGGUUUGGCUUUGGCCUUUCGGUGAAACGUAUGACCUGAACGUCUGUAGCUCUUUGUUCAAUAUUGAUGGCUGCUUCAUCACUGCCGACCGAAACCUUUACAACAAAUCUGACGCCGUGGUCAUACAUCACAGGGACAUCACCAGCGACCUGUCCAACAUGCCACCAACAUAUCGGCCCACGUUGCAGAGAUGGAUUUGGAUGAACUUCGAAUCACCUUCGCAUUCAUCUCAGUUACCUGGAAUUGAAAACUUGUUUAAUUUGACUCUAAACUAUCGGCGGGAUGCUGAUAUAGAAGUGCCUUAUGGAUCGAUUGUCACAGCCCAAGGACAGGAGGACUUCGUGCCACCAAGCAAGAACAAGCUGAUUUGUUGGAUCGUCAGCAAUUGGAACCCAGACCACGUCAGAGUGAAAUACUACAAUGAACUCUACAAGCACAUCGAAGUUCAUGCAUAUGGACAAGCAUUUGGUGAGUACAUUUCCGACCAGGACUAUUUCCCUACAAUUGCAAGUUGUAAAUUCUAUUUGGCAUUCGAGAACUCAAUUCACAAAGACUAUAUCACUGAGAAAUUGUACAACCCACUUUCCAUUGGCACUGUACCCGUUGUGCUUGGACCACCAAGGGAGAACUAUCAGAACUUUGUGCAGGGAAAUGCUUUCAUCCACAUUGAUGACUUCCCAUCUCCAAAGGAGCUGGCUGAUUACCUCCUGUUCCUUGACAAAAAUGAGGAGCUUUACCUGAAGUACUUUGACUGGCGUAAACACUUUAAGGUGAAAAAGGCAUACUUCUGGGCUGAACACACGUGUCUGGCUUGCGAUUACAUUACAAGGCACAAUGAGUACAAAUCAAUUAACAAUCUUGACAAAUGGUACUGGGGUUAAUCCACACUGAAACACUGGACCAGCUUAAUGAAAGUUGCUUGACAAUAAGAGCUUCAUGUAACUUCAUGAGGGUUAGUUGUGAGCACUUACAGACUUUUAUUUUUGUAAAAUGUAAAAAAAAGUAGAUUUACAUUUAUUUUGUGUUUGGUUUCAUGUGUUUAUUAAUCUGGAUGCAAAUGAUGCAUUUUAUAGUUUAAUAAGUUUGUAUUUAUUUGGAAAGCUGAUUUUGACCAAAAUGCACAAAAAGCGUUAUUUCACCCAAAAACAGAAAUUCUGUCAUUUACAUACGUACUUUUCAUUCCAAUCUUGUAUGACC